CACCAAAACAAUCGAUCAGUGUCCUGUUCCGCCCCGCGAGAGCCCUCAACACGCCGUUCUCCAGCCCGCUCAUCCCUCCGGCCUGAGUCUACUUAGCUUCCCCUUGCCGUGCCCCUUCUGCGACUCCAGAGCGCGCUGCAAACGCGUCAAUAACGCCUCGCUGCCCUCGACAACAAUCGUCGGUAGAGCACAUUGUCAUCCCGAAGAACAACUACGCGCGCAUAUCGGGGAAAACAAGUCACCACAAUGUCUCUACUCGCGAACCUGGGCCAGACGGAAAGGAGAACGGGCACGCUGUUUGGGAGCUCGACCGCACCACCCGGGGGACUAUUCGGUCAAUCGCAGCAGCAGCAGCAGCAGCAGACGAGUGCGCAACCUGCUCAAAGCCUCUUUGGCACGGCGCCGGCUGCACAACAGAGCGGUGGUCUUUUUGGCGCAUCGCAGCCGCAACAGACGGGAGGCUUGUUCAGCCAACCUCAGCAACAGCAGCAGCAGCAGCAGCCGAACCUAAGCAACAGCCUCUUCGGCGGGAGGCUGCAACCAGCACCAUCACUCAACGCUGUCCAGGCGCAGUCACUGCAGCAGUCGCAGCAGGGCCUUCCGCAGCUGAGGCAGUCAGCGAACGCUCCCUUUCCAGGGACUUCCAUAAGCGGUCAGCGUGAGAAAUCGGUUGUAGAGCAAAUGAAGACUAUAUUCAACAAAUGGGACCCGAAGAAUCCCGAAUGCAGCUUCCAGCACUACUUCUACAACGCGGUCAACCCAGACGAGGCGCCUUUCUACGGUCCCGCCCCGCACGAAGACGAGAGGAAAUGGGAGGAAGCGCUAGCAAAGAAGCCAAGCCCAGGAUCUAUUCCGGUGCUUGCUCGUGGAUUCGAAGAAAUAGCGGCUCGCAUCAAUGCCCAAGUCCUCGCCGUAACGGGUCUACGCACCCGGUUACACGAGAUCAACAACAGCCUCUCUCUAAUGAAAGACCAGCACGAGCUGAACUUCGCGUCACGUAUAACUGAGGCGAAGCGGAAACACAUUGUCCACACUCAGCGAACCCUCGCUCUUGCGACGAAGGUGCAGAUUCUUAGGAAUCGGGGAUACGUAAUGGACCAGGCAGAAGAGGAGCUGAAGAAGAAGCUCAUCGAGCUGGAGAAGAAAACGUUUGAUCCUGUGCUUGGGGGCCGGCAAGAAGAGAUUUGGGCGAGAAUGUCCGGCGUCCGCGAGCGCGCGCGGAUAUUGCAGGAGGAGACAGAGAAACUGGGAAAGGCGAUUGAGGGUCAGCAGAACGGGGAAAUACUAUCUGAGGAAGAUCAGAAGGCGCUGGAAAAGCUCCUGAAGGAUUACGAUAAGCAACUUGAGCAUCUCAAGAAGUGGGUGGACGACACGAAGCAGGAAUACGAAGAGUGGGAGAAGGAGAAGAAGCCUACGAAGCCUACUGCCGGAGGAAGAUGAAGACAAGUGUGGAUUAGUCGCAUGUACGAUCACAAGAGUUGGGGAAAUAUCCGGCAGCCAGAGGCCUGGCAGAACCAGACCCCAGGCAUACCCCGACGGAGGGGUCACGAAUAGCUUCAGACCUACUUUUGCUCGGUCGACGACAGUGGCCCAAAGACGGAGUUUGUCGUCGCCGAGCCCCUUACGUAUCAAAAAUUUAUGGUUGGGAAUACACCUUGGAAAGCGGAUGCUGGCUCGCCC